AGUGCUGGCGUGCAGCCGCCGGGAGCAGGACAUGGGAUCUCCAGCCGGCCGGGGAGCGGUCGCACCGCUGCUGCUGGUGGUGGUGCUUCUGCUGGCCAUCGCCGGCUCACCAGGAACAGGAGCGGAGGCGGCGCGAUGCGGCCCCGAGCCGACGUCACUGUUCGUUCAGAAGGGUGAGAAGCGGACGGUGAGCUUCUGGCACCACCCGGAGCCGGAGGGGAGCGGCGCGGAGCCGGAGCCGGCCGAGUUGCCGGCGCCGACGGCUGCCGCCGACCCGGCCGCGCCCGUGAUCGUCACCGCCGGCCCGCCGGACUCCGACUCCGACACGCCGCUGUAUGUGCAGCCGCCGCACAUCGUGCUGCCCGAGGCGCCGCCGCUGCCGGUCGACGGCGGCCUCAGCGCCGACUGGGAGCCCGACGCCGAGCUGCUCAAACAGGGCGCCGCGGCCGACGGCAGUGACCUCAGCACGGCAGGAGCCCAGGACGGCUCCGGCUCUGCCGUCCACGACGGCGAGCUCGCAGAGCCGUCCAACGACCCCGACUCGCUUGACCAGAUAUUCGAGAGUUUCAGCUACGCCUUCCAGGGCUCCGGAGACCAGGCGGAGAUCGCCGCUGCGGACGAGGACGACAACACGAUUUUGCUCGACGCUGACGAUAUAGUGACCCUACCGUCGGGCGGGUCAGACGCUGUCAGCAGCGAAGGGUCAGGCGGUGCCUCGGCGCCGCUGCCGGCAGCCGAUGCCGUCGAAGGAAGCGGAGCGGCACCAGAGGCCACCUCUGAGAACCUCUCGGUAGGAGAAGAGCUUGUCACCGUUAGUAUACCAGAGUCGCCGCCGGCAGCCGCCGCUCAGCCCUCGCCCAGUGAGGAGACCGUGCCGGCGCCAGAGCUACCCUCCCCCGCGGCCGACAGUACCGCCGAGUGGGACGGCCUGGAGCCCGAUGAGCUGCUGCCUCUGACGGAGAUCGGCGGUGACCUGGCCGUCAGUGCCAGCGAGCCUGUGGCUGUGGUGGCGCCGGCGCCGACCGGCCUCUCAGAGGAGGAGCGCGAGCGUCUUCUGGUGGUAAAGGAGCUCCAAGACGACCGGGUUGUGCUGGAACACGUGCCGGACGCCGAGGAGGGCAGCGGGGACGGUCUGGCGGUCGGCGAUGACGACCCGGCCGCCGACGGCUCCGGUAUGUCUGAGGAAGAGGGGGCUCCCGAGGACAGAAAGGAUGUCGAGUCGGAGAUCAUAAAGGCCGUCGUGGAUGUUAUGAACAUCAUGACAGACAUCCAUGGUCUUGUUGGUAAAGAUGAAGAUGAGAAGCAGGCUGCGGACCCUGUUGAAAGGAUUGCCGCCUUCCGGCCGAGCGCCUACCGCUUCGUGGACAGUUACGCUAAGCCCAACCAGGCGGCUGCUCCCGUACCAGCACGGCCUCUGUGGAGCGGUUACCAUCGUCCCGGAGCUCCUCCGAGGCUCCCUCCGCCGCCGCGCCCCCUCCCGCGGCCAGACCCUGUCUGGAAACACCCCCAGCACCGGCCCGGCCCGGGCCACGUCUACUUCCCUGGCCAGUUCCGCAGGGGCGGACCACACGACGGCAGACUCCCCACCUACCGGCCUGACGAGCGGCGCGCCACCUACCGGCCGCCAGGUGGCGGCAGGUUCGCGCCGCGGGUCGGCGCCCCGGCCCGACCGCUGCCCGGGUACGUCCGACGCGGUCCCAGCCCCUCCGGCUACGGACAGCCGUUCAAAUUCGACGUAGGGGAGAGCCUCCGACGGAAGGACGAUCACCUGUUCAGGUUUCUGCGCUCGCAGCCCUACCCGUUUGUCUCCUCUCUGACGGGGAGCGGCCCGGAGCCGCGCGGGGCCCGGCAGCCGCGGGCGGCACCGCUAGACUGCGAGUGGCAGAUCGAGACGGAGCCCCACCUGUACCUGCUGCUGACGCUACACAACCUGAGCGCACCGCUCACCGUCGACUGCAGCGGAGCCUACAUCGAGGUCGAGCGAGAGAACGACGGCUUCGAGGCGCGUUGGUGCGGCGACCGCGUCCGACAGGAGGGCACCCGACCACACAUGGUGUUCGCCCGCGGCGAGAUUCGCAUUGCCGUCCACAGCAACAGCCGGGGGACCGGACUGCCGACAGGAUUCGACGCAGAGGUCGAGGUGAUCGACCUGCUGGACGGCGGCCAGUAUGUGAAAUUCCGCCGGUCCGGACUUAACUUUCGCCGACUCAUUCAGGAGCCACUGCUGCCUGCCACCUAGCGGAUCGUCUGAGAAACAGUGGUACCGCCGCCGGCCGCUGCGCCGACAGCGCACGCCAGACGCCGUACCGCACGAUUGGGCAUUUCUGAGGGCAUCUGGGGGUUACCGAGACAUUAAGUUGUGGCAUUUUAUAGAUAGAUGUGGGCAUUCAGUGAUUGCUACAAUUUACAGUCAGAUAAGCGAGACAUCUUCGUGCUGAGAAUCAAACCAUACUUUAGCUGGAUGUCAUUCAACGCAUCGUGAAAAACGAAAAAUUGCAUAUAUUUUCCAGAAUUAGGACAUUCAUUAGGCAUCUUUAGAACUUUGCACUAAACUGACAUCCUUGGCUUCGCUAGAUCCACAGACACUGAUAGAGUGGAACAUGCGACGUUCCCUCCCCUCGAACACACGCCAUACCAUGCUGUUAUUUCGAGAAGUGCUGCGCUUGGUGACUUGGAGGGGCCGCCAUGCGUCCAGGUUCAAUUGUCGGUGUUUCAUGAAGGUUUGUUGCAGCAAUACAUAGAUGUACAAUGUA